AGCAUUAGCAUUACACGCAUGCGGCUAACGUGUUUCAAGUUAUAUUCGAUUUCUUCAAAAACAGAUUAUCAAUUUAAUGUACAUAAAGUUUAAGUAACAACGUAAUUUUUUUUUUUAAGUUACACAAAAGUUUAAAUUAUCGCUUCCACCGAGUUUCCCGUAACGCAGAAAUUUGUUGUUUUUUUUUUAAUAGUUUUAUCUUCAUCAAAAUCGAAGUGAUCUCCGGACAACGAAAGUAACGUUGGACCUUUUUUGUUUUUAAACUCACCCUGAUAAGUAUUUUCUGAAAUCACUUUUAAAUGACACGAAUGUGACAAUUAAUUGUUAAAGGUUUUUUUUUUGUACGCAUUUAAUGUUUUCUAACUAAUAUUUUAUUUUGUUUUUUUUAUAAAAUUCUAUGAAAAUGACAUCACCACCUGGGGCGCGGUAUAGCGCCGCCAGCGCUUACUGGGGACGGGCCAGUCAAUACCAGACCUCGGAAUAUGAAGACCAGCAGUCGAUGGAAGACGAGUCUAAGUUGCCGCAUUUCAGAACAUUUUUAUUCGCCACCAUUUUGGAAGACGCCAUCACUCAAAUGAGAAUAUUUGAUGAAUGUAACACUGAACUUAAGCUUACAAAAGUUAUGUUAGACAUGAUUAAUUUACUUUCAAACAAAUAUAACGUUGAAAAACCAGCGUUGAAGGACGAGCUCGAUGGAAUAGAUCCCAAGAGACUCGGCUGUCUUGAAUAUAGUCUGAACAAACUUAAAGCGGAUAGGGAACUAACGAUGAAGGUUCUGAACGACACGUACUUCAAUUUAACAACAAAAAAUAGCUUCGACAACCUAACACAGUCCGUGUUUAUGUUCGAAGAGCGACGCGACCGACUGAGCUAUCUGAUAACGGAGGAGGCCAAAAAUAAAGGGCUCUGUCGAGAUUUGAAUCGCCAACUUCGCCAGCAACGUAAUCAUUUCAAAUCAGUAACUUAUGAUAAAAACAACGCCAUAGAUGUCCUCAAAACGUCUCUACAAGACGCAGAAAUAGUAGCGGCAACCCGUAGUCGCUACGUCGAGGGCUGGCAACGAUCGCGCUCCGAACAACACGACCAGACUAUUAUAGACAAGGAAACGCCACCGACUAAUAAAAUACAAGAAUACAAGAUGAAGAUUGAACAGGAACAACACGUACAUUCGGAAAUUGAACUGCUGUUUAAUAUUAAGAUUCAAGAAGUCAUUGAAAAAGUAGAGACGUGGAUGAAGAAAUACGACACGGACAUAGAGAAAAUUGAUUUGAAAAUACAAAAAAUUAGGAACCUUCACGAAAAUACUUACGAGAGGAGACUGCGACUUGAAAAAACGCUCGUGGUUCAUGAAGAGCUUGCGAAGAAUUGGACACAAUUCAAGGACGAGCGUGAAGCCGCUCGGCAGUAUCACGAAAAGAUGCAAAAAUCAGCCAUCACGAUACAAGCAUGGUGGAGAGGACUUCUGGUGAGGAACCAGCUCGGACCCUACAAAGUCGUGUUGAGGAAGAAACCGGAGAAGGAAAAAAAGAAGAAAUUUGUUGAUUGUUUAAGUUUUUUUACAAUGCCGAGUUUAAGUAUUCCAAAUAAAACUAGGAGUUUCGGUUCGAAUACUGAUAAGUACGAGAAUGGAUUCCAAAAAAAGAAGAGCUACGUCUCAAAAGAAUUCGACGAGAAUGAAGAAUACGAGAGUAAUUUUAAAGUCAGCAACGGAGAGAAAAAAUGUUUGACAUACUUACAAUCUUCUCUAUUCGCGACAAUUUUAGAAGAUAGUGUAACGGAAAUGCGUAUAUUGCUCGAAUGUAAUAACGAGUUGCGUGCUAAAAAGGCCGAGUCCGACAUGGCGAUUCUCUUGAGAAUAAAGUUCUGUAUAAAGCAACCGGACGUUACUGAUGAACUAGAAGACAUAGAUCCCCACAAUCUAGAAAUAGAUAAAUACAAAUUAGACAAACUAGACAGUGACAGGUCGACUGUAAUUAAUGUAAUAAUAGCAACCUACAAGAAUUUGAUAGAGAACAAGAAUUAUGUAGCCCUAGAGGAUCACGUGAACGGUGUUCUUGGCAUUGAUGACUAUAGACUAGAGCUCGCGGAGGAGGAGACGAGAAAUAGAAUAAUGCGAAAAGAAUUGAACAAACAAUUGAGGCAACAACGGAAUCACAUGAAAACUGUUAUUUACGACACAGAUGCUGUUAUUGAGGAACUCAAUUUGAAAGUCGAAGAUGCGACACUACACGCUGAGAUAUGCAGUCGUUAUGUAGACCGCUGGCAAGUCGCUCGAACUGAACAACAUCAUCAGGCCAUCCACGACAAGGAAGCUGCACCUUCCAGCGUCAUAGAGUACUACAAGCACAGAACUGACAGUGAACAACGGGUUCACGCGGAAGUUGAACUACUUUUUAGCAUUUCAAUUAAUGAAACUCUCGAAAAAGUAGACCAAUGGAUGGCAAAAUACGAUAAGGAUAUGGAGAACAUAGAUUUAAAGAUACAAAUUAAGAAGAAUGAUUACUACGACAUGCUUGAUAAGAGAAUCAAUUUAGAAGAAACGAUCGAAAAACACGACCAGCUGAUGAAAGAGUGGAUCGAGUUCAAAGUGGAACGUGAAAAGAUUCGCGCUUACAGAGAGAAGAUGACCAAGUCCGCUAUAAUGGUUCAGGCCUGGUGGAGAGGACUCUUGGUCCGUCGUCAACUCGGCCCAUAUAGAGUUUCUAAGAAAAAGGGUGGAAGGGCUAAAAAAAAAUAGACUUAAUUAUAUAGACUCAUUAUGUAAUUUAUAUAAUAAUUUUACUGAAAUGUUUUUAGGUAAUUAGUUUUGAUUUAUUUAAAGACGAGUUGAAAUAUAGUUUAUGUUAAUAAUAUUUUUGUA